AUGGAGCAGACUCUCUGGAUGUGUGACCACAUGAGGGUGAAGGAGCUGAACGGACGUCAGGGGGGAGAAGUGACGUCAUCACUCAGAACAUCGACGAGCUCCAUCAGCUGGAUCCCAAAACAUCCUGGAGCUCCACGAGCUCCUGACCCGGAAACCCACGACGCCCAGAUCCCAGUUCUACAGCUGCCCAGGUGUGAGCAGACAGGUUGUCACGGUCUCCUGAGACCAGCUGUGGUUUGGUUUGGAGAAACGCUCGACUCUGACGUCCUCACCCGGGCAGAGAAAGUGCUGGACAGCUGUGACCUGUGUCUCGUGGUUGGUACCUCGUCCAUCGUGUAUCCAGCGGCCAUGUUUGCUCCUCAGGUGGCGGCCCGCGGCGUCCCCGUGGCCGAAUUCAACAUGGAGGACACGCCGGCCACCAUGCGCUUCAAGUUCCACUUCCACGGCCCCUGUGGGAGCACGUUACCCGCCGCACUCGCACGCCACGAGAUGGAGACACAUUGAAAGUGGAGGUUUGGUCCAACAUGUGGAGAUGGACACGUGAAAAUAAGAAGAGGUCAAGAAAUCUGUAGAAGAAAUCUGUUUGAUUCAAGCUGCUGCAGAAAUGUGAUGUGCAAUAAAGAAUAAAUAUGAGUUAGUUACACCUUCAGAAUCUGUUUAAGAUCAUGAAAUGACAUGAAAAACAGCUGUAACUUUAAAUUAUCAUUGUUUAAUAAAAUACACACAUGUACAAACAA